AUGGCUUUCUCCAACCGCUACGCUCUGCUCGACCAGUUCGCCUUGGAGACCGUCAGCAAGCUGCGCAGCCUGCCUGAGCAGGACGACGAGGAGAGUAUGGUCGCCGCUUUGAAUGCGCAGGACGAGUCCGACAGCGUCCGCGACGCUGAGUGGAUAGCUGAGAAGACGGCUAAGCGGGUCGCACGUGCUGUUGACGGCGCUUCUGCUCCGGCUGCCCCUGGCCGUAGGAUAUCUUGGGCAGAUGAGUGUCAGGCUGAAGCUGAGGCUGAUGCAAUGACUGAUGCUGGAGUCAGUGUGGAGGUGGAGGCAGAUUGGGAGCGCGCCGAAGAUUCCGAGGACACAACAUCUCACAUCAGGCACUCAGACACUAAGCUUGCCACUACGAAGCGGGGCCUUGUCCCUGAAUGGGAUGACUACAUUGCCGGUAUGCCUGUCUUUUCUGCUCAAGCUCCGGAUUUCGCCCCGGCUCCGUUCAUGCAUCUUCGAUACACUGUGGAGUCUUCAUGGUCUGCGAGCUCAUCAGUCAGAACGCCAAAUCAUGCCGCGGAAGCUUCGUCCGACGCUGGUGAGUCGAAAGCCACUACGGACACUGAGCUGGAGGAGGUCAUUGCGGUACAGGAGAAGAAGGAGGAGGAGGAGGAGGAGGAAGAACAGGAGACAAUCAAGACAUCCGCCGAUCAUGAGCGAGUCGAGAGUUCUGCAGCUAUGGCUGAGGACGCGCCGAUCACUCCAUUGAAGAGCAGAAAGAGGCGCAUCCAAAAAGCCACCAGGAAGGCUGCCACCGCGAAGAACGUUGUUGCCGCCACAGAGUCUACAGAUGCCAUCGUAAAGGCUCAUACCAACACCUCGUUCAUGGUUGAACACGCCCAGGCUGCGACGGGGAGGACAACUGAGGCUGGCGAUCCUGCUCAAGUGUCUCCCCACUCUGGAUCAGGGUCUUCGGUCGUCACCGCACCCAGUAUUGAAGAGCUCCCAAAGCCCACUCUCCAUAUCAAUGGAAAGACGGCUUUAGUUGAUGUUGGAGAUGCCGAAUUCUCGAUCGCAGCGCCCGAACCUCAAGUCGAGACUCUUGGGGGUGUUGCAGAUCUUCAAGAUGAAGACAUCACUCCGGAGGAUGUAUUUGUCGACGCAACGACAGGCGGGAGCACUCCCGUGGUCGCUAUGGAGGACCUUCAGCCUUCAAGCAGUACUGCGCAGGAGGCACUCGAGGAGCCUGUCCUCGAGAUUGAUGACGCUAUGACUGCCGCUGCCGGCGACAAAGUCUCUGCCCAAGAAGCAGGAAACUUUCUGCCCAAGCCUUCAGUUCCUCGCAAGAAGAAGAACCAGACAAAGGCGCAGCGGAGAGCAGCGAAGGAGGCUGCUGCUGCCGCCGCCGCCACUGACGCGGAGUCUAAUGUGGCAGCUCCUACGUCCGGCGGUGAUCCUGUGGUUGAUGACCAGGGAGUUGGAGCAAAAGAGCAGGAGGAUGAAGAUGUGGAGAUGCCUCCAUAUCCACUAAGGAAGAACAAGCCUUCUGGAGCACUGCGCUGGAAGACCAGCAAGGCUGUCGCUGCCGCCAUGGGCCGACCCAUGGAGCUGCAAGCCGGUAGCCACUUUAUACCUUGGUACACCGUGUUGGCCAUGAUCACAGGGCAGCUUUUCGUGCUGGUGGUUGGUAUCUACCUGAUGAUGUGA